AUGGGCUUCCUCUUCGUGAGCAGUGUCGGCAUCACCCCGCAAUGGUUUGAUAAUCACCGUGGUGUAGCUAUGGGCAUCAACGCUGCCGGAUCUGGUCUCGGUGGCCUGAUGUACUCCCUCGCAGUGGGCACCAUAAUCCCGCGCUACGGGUUGAGCUGGGCAUUCCGCAUUUUAGGUCUCAUUUCGUGCAUCGGGAAUCUGGUCUGCUGUAACCUGCUCCGGGACCGCCAUAAGGCCGUCGGUAGUAGAUUCACGGCGUUCCAUCUGCCCCUCCUACGUCGCCCAGAGUUUUUGCUCUUCCUCAGAUGGGGUGUGUUCAGUAUGCUCGGCUAUGUGGCACUGUUGUUCAGCGUUGCCAACUUUUCCCUCUCCGUUGGCCUCUCGUCGCACCAGGGCAGUAUUGUCUCAGCGCUGCUUAACCUCGGUCAUGGUCUCGGCCGUCCGUUUUUUGGCAUGUUCAGUGAUCGGCUGGGUCGCAUGAAUAUUGCCACUUUCCUCACAUUCAUCUGUGGUCUAUUCUGUCUUGCAAUCUGGACUUCUGCUGAUAGUGUGGGUGUGGUAUGCUUCUUCGCCGUUCUGGUUGGCACUGUCGCGGGUACGUAUUGGGCUACUGUUUCGCCUGUUCUGGCGGAAAUUAUUGGCAUAAGGGACCUUCCUUCCGGCUUAAGCAUUACCUGGCUUGUGCUUGUUGCUCCUUGCACGGUCUCCGAGGCUAAUGCCCUUCAGCUCCGCAGCGAUAAUGUUGGUGGCGGGACUUCAUAUCUGCGUGUUCAGAUAUUUACUGGACUCAUGUAUUUUGGUGCUUCCCUGUGUUUGUGGGUUGUCCGUGGUUGGAAGGUUGGUGAGUUGGAGCGUGCUCAGGGACGCCGUGAUUCCGUCCAGCCUGGUCCGUGGACAAAAACUCAAGGUGAUGAUGAGAAAAAUGUCGGCCCUGCGGCUAUUUCCCCGGCUUUGGAGGCUACUAGAACGGAUGAUCCAUUAUGGGCCCCGGUUGGCUUGGUUCGCAGAAUGAUCUCACUGAAGAAGGUUUGA